CCGCGUUUUUCUCCGUCGCGUUGGCAGCCCGUGCGGCGGAUCGCUCCCUCGCUUCGGUCGGUCGGCCGCCAUCUUGUGUUUAUUUUGUUUGGCGUGCUCUGCCGUAGCGGCGUCUAUUAAAGUUGAUUGAUCCCUUUAUUUGCUAAGUGUAGGCAAGUGAUUGUGUCGAUAUCUUCCUCAAUUGCGCUGCCAUGUCAUAUGGAUCACGAAACGAGUGUCGGAUCUACGUUGGGAACCUGCCGCCCGAUAUCCGCACCAAGGAUAUCCAGGAUUUGUUUUACAAGUAUGGCAAAGUCACGUUUGUUGACUUGAAAAAUAGAAGAGGACCCCCGUUUGCGUUCGUUGAAUUCGACGAUCCGAGGGAUGCUGAAGAUGCUGUCCAUGCUAGAGAUGGAUUUGACUAUGAUGGAUACAGAUUACGAGUUGAAUUUCCCCGAGGCGGUGGUCCAGCUAUGCGUGGCAGCAGUCGAAACAUGUCUGGCUCAAGCAGCGGUGGCAGUCGUGGAAGAGGGCCCCCUGCACGACGAUCUCAGUACAGAGUAUUGGUGUCAGGUCUUCCUCCCUCAGGCAGUUGGCAAGAUUUAAAAGAUCACAUGCGUGAGGCAGGAGAUGUUUGCUUUGCUGAUGUCUUUAAGGAUGGCACUGGAGUUGUUGAAUUCCUUCGCUAUGAUGACAUGAAGUAUGCUUUCAAAAAACUUGAUGACUCUAGAUUCCGAUCUCAUGAGGGUGAAGUUGCGUAUAUCAGAGUGAAAGAGGAUUAUUCGGGCAGUAGUGGCGGUCGAGCUAGUGAGGAGAGAGGCCGUCGCUCUCGCUCCCGUAGCUACUCUUCCCGAGGGAAGCGAGGUUCCCCUUCAUAUUCUCCCAUUCCUAGGAGAAGUUACUCACGAUCUCGAUCUCGAGGAAGUCGUUCUCCAUCAUAUGACUGAUACAUUGGUAAUGGCGGAUGUUAAAUUCAGUGAUAAUAAACUGAAAUUAAUCUUAUAGUGCCUGUCAGCAUUGGGCAGGAAUCUGGCAGGAAUUAUCCCUUACCAGUCUCAAGAUUUCAUCUGGGUAGGAGGAAUCCUCGAGGGCUCUCUGCUCAUCUAUCAAUGGUCAGUUAUCAUUUUAAAAUCAAUUUGUUAUAUUCCCAAUGCCCUGUCUCAAAUCCCUGUAUGGGAUUCAGUGUUAUUUUCUUACCUUUUUUUUUUGUAAUGUCUAAAUGUGAGCUAUAGCAAGUUUGACACAACAUAAUGUGAUUUCUAGCACAUAUGUGAAGGCAUGGAAAUGAUUGCAUAUUUCAUUCCAUCUAGAUUUAACAAUGAGAGGUUCCAUAGGUCAUGUUCAACAUUUCUGCUAUUUCUGAUACCAUUGGUGCUUCAUACCAGGCGAUAAUCUUUUAUUCUUCUUAAAAGUAAAAAUAAAUUGGCAUAAUGUGAUGACUGUUCUAUUUUAUCGUGAUGCGUUAUUUCAUUGUGUCUACAUUUUGAUGCCAAAUAUUUUGAGUGCAAGUAUUGCCAUUAACCUAGGGUCAGCAUUCAUGUAAUGAUCUUUUCAGUCAUAGAUUCUGAUGUGUACUUAAUUAAAUUCUAUGCAUUUCCUUUGCAGGCUUAUCAGUUGACCAUUCUCUUGUAUCACUUAAGUAGAAAUGUGCUGUACCAUAAUUUAUUAUUCUUCCCAUAAUAUUUCCUUGCCUUUGAAGUGCCCCUCUUUUCUUUUUUUUGUUUUGACACCAACUCACGGUUUAUGUGUCACAGUGUAAUACCUCUAAUCAUGACUUGGAAGUGAUGUCAUUACAUGCUUCCCUCCAACUGGUGUGCUAUGAAUUUUCACUGAACUUCUUUGUGUACAUGUUGACCGUGAAGACAUACUAUCUGUCAUAGUAUAGAUAAAAAAAUGAAAAAAAUACCUUGACCAGGUUCUCAUGUGCAAUGUCCCUUAACUUCAAGUGAAUGAACUAGAAAAUUUGCAGUGAAUAUUUGUGGACUUGUUUACAAAAUCUGUAGUGUUUUAAGGGAGUCUUACUUCAUGUAGCUUUUUAGAUGCUGGUAUUUUACAUUCCUAUGAACUCCACUAAUGGGGCUAGUAAAUUAAUUUCUUCAUGCUGGAAAUUAGUAUUAAAGCAUGAAGGUGUGUUGCUCAAAAUUCCACUCGGCUGCUUCCUGUCUUCAGUGGCUAUAUGUAUCCAAUUUUAACUUAAUUUUUCUGUCAGCUGAUUUGUGUUGGCAGCCUUAUUGUUUGUUUUUAGUUCUUGUGUUUGUGCGAGUUAAGGCUUGAAGUCAUGGGUCUCCACCAGACUUGCAAUACAUACCUAUAAUUAAGCUUUCUUUUUUCUACAAUAGUUUUCUGAUGAAACCACUGUGGUAACUGUGGUUUCCUCUCCAAUGAUAUCAGACAUUGUGUAAUCUUGUGAUGAAGUUUGAUUUCUUUACCUGUCUUUGAAACCACUAGAAUGGUCAUGUUCGAAGUUGAGAUCAGCUGCAUGUAAUUCUUCCAUUUACUGUUAAUUUUUGACUAGUCUUGUGCUUUUUGUUCACUUUUUUUUUUCUUUGGAGGACCCCAAAUGGUUUUCUAGAGGUUUCUGUUUAGGUCUUUGUUUUGAAUGUGGUGAGGAAGGAUGACUAAUGAUACUUUGUUUUUCUUUUCAUUCAUAUGGAUAGCUAGAGCAUUGUAACUGGAUGUAUGUGGAAGGAUUGGAUUGCAAUUGGAUGAACCUAUUAAAGGAACGCUGAUCCUAGCACUAUGUUGGAUUCUUUACCGGGAAGAGGAGGAGCCUGACAAACCCACCCAAUUUGUGGAUGAGGAAAUGGGACGCUUUCAUGGAACCUCUGGAUACACUAUGGAUGGGACUCUUCCUUGUGCCUCAUGAGGAUUGCCUGACAACGUGCCAAACGCAUUGUGGAUACUGGACUGGACUACUUGGAACAUUCGCAGGAUGUCAGCACAGCAAGUGUCCGCAUGCCCGUGGCAUGGCGUAUCAUGGUGUGCCUCAGCGCUCCCCUCAUCUAUUUAUACCUUACCACCCACUUCACAUGGAUUUUAUUUACACUAGUACAAUUUUAUGAACACAGUUUUUGACUUUACAACAAUGGUUUAAAUACCUGCUAUUUUAUGAUGUUGAGGUUGGGAAUCUUACCAAUAUCCUCGGGUGUUGGACAUGUGCUUCCCCAAGAAUUUCCUGGAAGACUAAUGAGAGUGAGGACACGAAAAAAGAAAGCUGGGCAAUGGAAGAGGAAUGAAUGUCAACGAGGGAUUUCAUUACUGUGACCUGGGAAGUUAUUCAAGUGCAAGAACCAAGGAUUUUGCAAGAGGAAAUUAUGAAGGAACCAAAGUCUUAUUUUUCAAUUGUUUUUGUGUGUCAUCCAGAGAGUUUCCCUUUCCAAGGCAGAACUGGAAAUAUCAAGGCUUGUUUAGAUAAUUUUGUGUAUAAAAAAAGCCUUUGAAAAGAAAAAAAGAUUAUAAAAGUAUAUCUGUGCUGGCACAGAUUGUUACACAUCCCUGUCCUUUUUGAUAUUUUCCCCUGUUCUGCUGAAUCAUUAGAAAACAGCUCUUGUACACGUUUAUGUAGUGACUAAAUUUAUGGAGGGAAGACCCAAGUUCAGACAAACAUCAUUUUAGUAUUUUGAAGACUGAUUUUCUUUUAGAUUAACUCCUCAUUCUUUUAAGUUCUGGAGUAUAUGAUCCUCACAGGUUUUAUAACUUGGAUUUUUCCUUAAUGCCUCUGUGAGGUUCUUAUACUCUUGUUUUGGAUCAAGUGUGCUAAACCCAUCUCCACUGUUUUAUUUGCCUUUUUAAAAAAAGAAAUGAAUAUAAUUUAAGAUCACUUUUGUUGGUGCUGUUAAGUAUUCCAUGCAAGCUCCAAAUAAAGUGAUUUUAUUAUUCCA